CGAACGUCAUCUUACCUUUUUCUCAACACACAUCGAUAUAGUUACUGACAACCGUCUUUCCAUUAUUGGCCCUACUGUGCAACACUGUGAAACUUCAGACGCUUUUUGGUUUCAGUACAGCUCGAGCAACAUGUCACACCCUAAAUCCUCGACACGUGCGAUCCCUUCAUUCUACCGCAUAUUCUUCACAUGGGUCGACCCGAUCAUCUGUCUCUGGGGCGCGUAUCUCGACUUCUUAGCCCCGCGCACAGUUCUCUCGUCACACAUCCUUGACGACACGCCGGAUAUCGGGCAUAUCAUGAUCCUCAAGCAGCGCGGCGGCAACAUGUUGAACUUUGGCUUCAUCUCCGCAUUCCUCCUGAGAUACACGUCAGAUCCUAAGAUCUGGCAUAUUGUCGAGAUCGGACUGUUGAUCACGGAUUUUGCGUAUUUCCCGGCGGUGUUUGGCGCGUUGAACGCUCAACACAGGGUGCUGCCGGAGACGUGGCGGGCGGAGGAUUGGGGGAGCCUGGUGGUCACGGGUGUAGCGACACUAGUGAGGCUUGCUUUCUGUGCGAGGGUGGGGUUCACGGCGGAAGAGGAGGUUAAGAGGACGGUGAAAAAAUCGCUGUGAGAGGACGAAUUCGGUGGCCUCGUAACGGCCGGCCAUCUGUCUCCGGUCCAGCUGUCUGACGUAGGUUUUACUCAUGUUCUGUUCAUUUCGACAUGCAUGUCAUCACCAACAGUCGACCACCACGUAUAGUACCUCGUAAUUCAAGCAGUUUUUUUCGCA